AUGUCGCUCAUGACAGCAGCCGCUUGGAUCACUCUUUGUUUUAUUACGUGUAUCCACAUCGCAAAACAUAACGCGCAGGUGAGUUAUCAGUAACUGAUUAUCUUUCAAGGCUUGUGGAACCUGGAAAAAAUGAUAAACUAAGUCUAAACGUGCUUUGAUAUCUGAUAAAGGGUUAGAUAUCUGGUUUGAAUUCAGCAAUCGAGGUUACAUUCUAGUUUGCUCCAGCUAGGACUUAUAAAAAGCCACUAAACGUUUGUCCUGCUAUUUUUUUUGGUAACACUCCUAACUGACCAAAGGAAAAUAGCAUGCAGCUGUAUUUUUUUUCCUCCUAGGGCAAGCUUUUACAACAAAUGGGUGCAAAAUAAUACGUUAUUUUAAGAGGCUAGUAUAGAUGUUCGCUUGAGUCAAUUUCGUCUUCAGUUUCAGUUCGGCAAUUUCUCGACUAUCGAUAAUUUGAUCCCUUAGCCCAUUUUUCAAUAUAUAUAUAUCCAUCAAUUCAUUGCUGUAUCUCAGGUCUCACUCCACUCCGUUGUGAUUGAAGUUCGCAGUCAUCGGAUAAACAUCGUAAGUGUGUCCUCCCCGCCUUUCUAGUUUUGUUUGUGUUCGCACCUUUUUGCAGUUUUGGAUUCAUUGGUCUUUUAUUGUUCGUGUACCUUUGUGUUUUGGUAAGGUGUUUUUUUUGCAUAUCGUAUGUUGAACUUUGCUUGGAAUUUUGGCUUCAGAUCUUCGUCGUACUCAGUCCGGUUUUUGGUUUAAGUUUUUUUUUCUUGGUCUUUCGCUCGUCUGCAUGUUAACUGACAAACGACAGGUCUCUCACUCACUCCCCGAGAGGCACUAUGUAACAAAUAUUCACUGAAGUGGAAAUGGUUAGUGGUUCGCAGCGAGGUAAAUACCACCACUAGCCAUGGAGACUGAAGUGAAUAAUUGUUUUAGUAUAUACUAAAACAGAGAGAUAAUUGAGCACAAAAAUAAUGAUGUACCCGUUUGGCGUCGCUCGCUCGGAGAAGACGCAGAUGAAUCAAAGGAUGCAAUGGGUAUCCCGCAUUUGAGUAGCCAAUCACAGCGCGCCAAAAACACUAUCCACUGUUUAAGUAUAUACUAAAGUAUAUUAUUGAGAGCAACUACGAACUACGAACUUCUGAAUCUUUACUUUCAUGAGAGCAAUAAGAGCCUCUACAGGGCCUACAGUUGUUCAAAGGCCACCGAAAAGCACUAACCUGAGCUUAACUUUUAAUCCCGGUUUCUUUUCCUCUUUUUUUUUUUCUUUUAUUUCAAAAGCAUUUUCCGGGAUAAUUUCCUUUAUUCUUUUUAGAGCAUCCAAUUAAAAAAAUUACAUGCAAAAAGAUUUAAACUGAUUUUACAUUUGAAGCUUUGAUACCUGAAUUCAAAUUUCGCACUAAUCCUGGAUUAUUUUAACCAAGCUUUCAACAACCCGGCCCAGCCGUUCUAUUUCCUAAAAAUUUUUGCACCUAUAUACCUGUAUUUACCACAGCGUUUAUUGUAACAAUAAAAGCAACAUGCCUCUGAACAGACGCAGUCCUCGACACCAGUAACUUACAAUCCUCAAAGUCUUUGGGACGGUGAUGCAGUAUUUAUAACUUCCUGUAAAAUUUUGUGUGCAGUGCAACGGUUUUGAAAAUACUUGCCGUUUCCUCCUACCCCCAACCUGUACAAUGCUUAAACUUUGAAAUAAUUCUGGAAAGUUGUUUUGGGGUAGAUGAAGGGAUGACAAGGAGGGGCAAUACUCCAUAGCUGCAGCGGCCACGUCUUGCGCAUUGGCAUCACCAGGUUUUAAUGAUAAGUAUAAUCGAGUGUCAGUAUCAGCAGAUCGGUGAACUUCAGGUAAAUGUGACUCUAUAAUAUCAAACAGCUCGGAAGCAUAGACGACAAACAGUAAGGGCCCCAUACAGGAGCCCAUUGGAACGCCAAAACGUAAGCCAAACUUUUCAGAUAUGGCACAACUCGCUUAGUGAAAUGCGCUGACUCCGACGAGGUAAGAGAACCUUUCCUCGCACGCCAAAGUUAGUAUUCAAGCGCCUUACUAAGAUCUCAUGGUUGACAGUGUCAAAGGCGGCACUUAGAUCUAAUAAUAAUAACAGGGUAACAUGCUGUGAAUUCAUGUUUAAAGAAAGGUCAUUAGCUACCUUCAACAAGGCUGCAUCUGUACGAUAGCGUUGGCGAUAUUCAGAUUGAUACAAUGGGUACUGCAAGACUGCCAUAAAUGACGAUGCAUGUGGUUUAAACCUGAGCGUUCCGCUCGGACACAUAAGACAGCAGGUUGCUAAUUGUGCAAAGAUUUUUACACUCAGAGCUGAGGCUAGGUUUCUUUAUUAGGGGUAUUACAAUAUCCUCUUUCCGUAUAUCGGGAAAGGUACCCUGCUCCAGUCAGGGGCACCCAACGACGAUUUCCUCCUAAAUACGUUGAAAACACUUUUUAGGCUAUCCAGAGUACUCUUGGAUCUCUAGAAAUACAUUCUAAGCGGCGCUUUUACUAUAAAAUUUGUACCUGUUCGGUCAGGGCUUUAAAGUAGCACAGAUCAGAAUCUUUCUUAGUUUGUCGUCAUUUCCUUUCAGCUUUUCAUCAUUAAACCAGGGUAUAUCAGGUCUUAUUGUUAUUUUUGCGUGACUUAAGCGGAGCAUAUGCAUGAUGCUCAAUUGAAUAAGACUGUGUGGUAAUAUAGCAGUAAACCAAAUUAUUAAGCUGAUGAGGCAUAUUUCCACAUAACCGAGAAGCAGAAAAAUCAUUCAUAAGAGACUGGACAUUAAUCUGGCGAGUAAUUCGAUAACGUAGAUUCUUUACAGCCAACGGAGGCUUAGGAUUAUUGAUGCUAAACAAAAUGGCUUUAUAAUCCGACAGAAAAUGAUCAGGUGCAGGUGUAGAUCCCGUUAUAUGAUCAAAUUCACACGUGAUGAUCAAGUCAAGACUAUGGCCUCCCAUGUGACUAGGUUGUGUAAUAUGUUGCUGUCAAAGUGAACCCAUAGAAUGGAGAACCUCCAAAACCUUUUGACCAUCAUAAUCACUGGAAAUGUCAACAUGAAUAUUGGAAUCGCCGACAAUGAACUGUUGUAGAUAUGAAAAAGACAGCUGCAUAAAGGGAUCUAUCCUUUCCAGUCACGAAAUAUAAUUUUCCAUAGUUUCGUAAGGUAAUUCUACGCAAUUCUGAUCAUAAAAGUAACUUUGGACAAAGGUCGUAACAAGUUGAAAAUAUUCAUUUCGAUUUCUUAAUUUGCUGCCUUAAAUUUCUAGGUCUUCAAACUUAAGAGGCUGUCCGCGUAAGAACCGAUAAGGCAAAUUUCGGUGUAUCACAGAUUGCCCUGAUUUUUUCAGUGGAAGAUAACUAUCCUAUCCCAUGAAGAAAUAUCACAUUUAUUUGGACCAACUCAAUUUUUUCUCUAUAUUACAGGAAGAUUUUCUCGGUCACCUAAAACUGGCCCGUUUGCCGUCAGAAGUGAUGCGAUUUUGGUGAAACUUUAGGGCUCUGUCAAACCUACCUUCCAUAGCCGAAUAAAAUGAUUAUUUUACACACAAACGUUUUAACUCUGAUUAACAGUUUCAAGGUUUAAUGGUUGCAUUCUGUGGAAAGUUGGCUGAGAUAUGAUUUUUUUAAAAUGACCUUUAAUUUGCUCAGCAGGAAAAGUAAUUUGCAUAACUAGAGCUGAACGGUAAUUUCGCAAAAGUGGCACCUGACCCAGACUCAAGUCUAUGAUAAAUCAGAAGUACUAAGACCAGUCUACUUUUUAAUGCAAUAAAAUUUGUGGGCACUCUUCUCUGCGCGCUGUACAAAGUUCCGUUAAUGUUACAAAAUUCGCCAUUUUGACAGCAAAGCUGGAAUUGUAACGGUCCGCAUUUGAUCGACUAAUUUCCACAGUUUUAACGUUUCUAGUUAUCACCAAAUGUCAUUAGACCCUUUAAGUGUUGGACUUUUGAAAACAUGAGGAGAAAACUUGGUAAUCGCUUUUUCUUGGUUUUUUCCUUGUCGACGAUCAGAACGCUACUUCAUCCUCCGUAUGCAAAUUAGCCAUAGACGCGUCGUUUCAACAAAUUGACAGGAAACAUAACUGCUUAUAUUUCACAUUUUUGAGGGAAAAAUAUCUCUUCUUUCCACGGAAAAACACGAACGAUAUAUGACUUAGAAUCCCCUUAGGUCUGUUUCUUUUAAGGGAAGAAGCGGUAGAAGAAGAGAUGUUUACGCGAGUUAAAAUGAUUUAAUUACUUUGGCCCGUCACGCAUUCCCUGAGAGUGGCCGUGUAUCGAUCAGUUCUUUUAUCUGAUUAUAUUUUUUUUGAAGUGAUAGUUAUUGAUAAUCAUACAAUUUAAUCACUGUUACUUCCGAUUCUUUACUGGGUGGGAAAUACCGUGCUGUUGUAUUUAUUCAUUCUACGACCGUUUUAACUGAGUCAGUGUCCCCGGGCGCCACCGUGAGGAUAGGGUUUAAUAUGACAGCCCAUGGUGUAAUACACGACAAUUAGCUACAAAGUAGUCACUUGGACACGGCCACUCUUAUUCACGAGCACUAGCACAAUAUUUUCAAUUACAGAAUUAACAAUUAAUAUUUUCGAAAUAGCUCGAUCGAUCGUAAACAACUUCAGAAAUACCGUGCGACACCACAGUACCACACCUGCAAAGUCCUUUAGGCCCCACAUUUCCUAGAUCCCUAGCUAACUAUAGGCUACCCUACAAACUUUAGGGUGGUAUUAACAGAGCAUUGUGUUUGUCGCCAAUUAACAACAUUUCAGCAAAAAUGAGGAAUGGCAUGCAGAAAAAGGCAUAGUUAUUGUUUACGGUCCGUCUCCUGUCAAAUCCCAAACGUUUUUGCCGGCUGUUAAUCACACUAAAUUAUAAGGAUCCCUAUGUUCACUCCUGAGCUGAUGGAGAAAAGCACGUGCAAUCUUGAAUGAAAGACGAAAGUUUGUCAGUUAGGUCUCCUUUUCUUUCCCUGGAUUUUAAUGGUAUUUCAAAGUGACACAAGAUUUUUUUAGCAUUACCACGUUGAAAUGACUAGGUUGCUCUUCCUUUGACAUUACACAUAGGUUGAAAGCUUCUGGUUGAGGGUGUUGUGGUCUCAAUUCUUCAGCGAUUUCCGCAACAAGGUUUUGCCUUUCGAACUCCUCGUCUUCUUGCAACAGAUCUCUAUGGUCAAGUUCAACUUGUAUACACUUAGGACUAUGUUUACGUGUUGACUCAAACGGGCCUUUUAGUCCAACAUGGGCUGGCAAUAUGUGAGCACGGAAUUGGAACGGGAGUGGAGGGAACUCCCUAUGAUGGCCUAUACGGGGAGGUUCCGCCCGAAAGGAGUAUCUUUUUCACGCUUCAGGUAUAUGAAAGGAAGGGCAUUUCACUAGAUGAAGUAUAUAAAAGGGCGAGUGCGCUUAUUGCAGCCUUAGCAGCAUCUUUGGCGGUUCUUAAAGAAAAAAGAACUAAGUUUAAGAAUUUAAGGAAAAAGUAGAAGGAGAAUUUUUCAGAGAUUAAUAUACACGGGAGAAAUUUCAAGUUUUUUCAAGUUUCUUGCGACAGGAGGAGCAAAUCGGCUAUAUAAAGUUGAACUGAACACUAAGGUACUUGUAAGUCUCACUAAUUUUUACAAAACCAGAGACAUGUUUUAAACACUGUUUAAGUUCAAAAAAAUUAUUUUUAUUGCAAGAAUGAAAUACUUUUCAUACACGUGAACGACACCUCGACCACAAUCACUCCUAGCCUCAUCCCCAGGACAUUCUUCUUAGAAAAUGGCAUGGGCGCGAAAGCCCUGGGGAUGAGGUUGAAUCCUGACUCCGUGUAGAAAGUUCUUUUUUUCCCAUUUAUAGUGCUCUUCAAACAAUCAUCAGAAAACUAUCUUUUACAACACACGGAUUAACCGGUAUGUAUAGUAUUUUAAAAGUAAGAAUUGAUUAGGGCAAGAUACACGGCUGUCAAAAAAAUAGAAAUAACAAAAACUAUCUUGCAAGCUCGAAUAAACUGGAAACGAACUUCAGAAAACAUCGCAAGAUAAAAUGUUAAAUAGAGAAAUUAGAAUAUCUCUGUACGUUAAGAAAAUUUUUUGCAUGAAGAAGAAAUAAGAAUGAUACUUACGUGAUGGAACAAAACUUUGACUUAUUUCGCUGGCUAUCUGGAAAUUCACGACAUGUCUUCCUGCCACAGAAGUUACUUUGCCAGUAUGAUCCAGAGUGUGACCGGGGUAUUGACAAGACCUUAGGCUCGAUUUCCGCCGUCUCCCCGUCCGUUGGGUUUCAUUUUCCAGAACAGCGGCUUAUAAUCGAGCCUAACAAGACCUUUGCGUCCGCAAAAACCUGCCAAGCAGGUGUCUGUGCCUUGCGCAGAUUGUCAUUUUAGUGUUAGCCUGUGUACACACUACCCCCCCCCCCCCCCACCCCUCCUCGGAGAAGGGGCCCUUCUCCGAUUUUUCCUGAGGGGAGGGGGUCUGUACACAGGCUAUUUAGUUUCUGUGCCUUGGGCAGAUUGUCAUUUCAGUUCCGAAUACCCACCAAGCCUCGAAUACGUACUCUCGCUAAAAUGAGUUCAUUUUCAUUGUCUUUGCUACACUUGCUACACUUAGACAAGUGACAGCUAGCUAAGUGCGACGUAAUAUCAUCCAUCCUCUGUGACCAACACAUUUUCCUCCACACCCCUACUGGGACUUCACUCUGUCUACGAUCUCGCGGAAGAACUGCUUGAUGAAAUAGCCGAAAAAGCCAUUUUUCACAAUUGAUCUCUUCGGCGAUUUUAUCGACAUAAUAAUAUUUGAAACUGGCACCUGUUGCAUUAUAAUUCAAUCAGAUUGAAACCAAAACAAGAUCAUGGUUGGAAUUCGGAUGUUAUACCCUAACAAAAACUAAAAAGAUACUCCCUUUUGCGUUUAUUCACUGAAAAAAGGAACUAUUUUUCCCGUUUCAUUCUGCUACCGAUAAACGCUUUAAAGAUCUUUCCAUGAAACUGAAAUUUACUGCUAAUUUAAGAUAGAAAAAGUGUGGGGCAUUUUUUUUUUUUAUCAUAGUGCCAUGUACAAAGAUCUACCUUCUCCUGAUGAGCAAAUAUUAUAAUAAAGCUUUCGACGUUAACGCUAUUUUUAAAGGCACACAAAAAAGAGUGCCCAAAAAUUUUCGUGUGCUGACAAGAGGACUUACCUUGCAAGUGAACUCUUAUUUUUUAUUAUUAUCAAUAACUAUCAUUUUAAAAAAGAUGAUAAUAUUAUAGAAUUGAUCGACACAACGCUAUUGUUUUCUAAUCGACCACCCCUAUUUAGGAAUGCGUGACAGGCGACAAUCGGUAUAAUUGAAUUAUUUUAAGCCACGCAAACAUAUAUCAUGAUAUAUUAUUCAGCUGCUUCUUCCUCGUUAAAAAAAAAACAGAGCUUAAGGGGAUUUUAAGGCAUGUUUUGUGUUUUCUGUGGAAAGGAGAGUUUUUUUUCCCCUUAGAAAUGUGAAAUGUAAGGAUUAUAUUUCCUGUCAAUUUGUUGAAACAACCCUCCAAGGUAAUUUGCAUUCGAAGAAUGAAGUCACGUUCAUCGUCGACAAGAAAAAGACCCAAGGAAAAGCGAUUACUAAGUUUUCUCCACAUGUUUUCAAACGUCCAACAUUUAAAAGGUCUAAUGACAUUUAGUGAUACCUAGAAACGUUAAAACUGUGGAAAUUAGUCGAUCAAAUGCGGACCGUUACAAUUCCAGCUUUGCUGUCAAAAUGGCGAAUUUUGUAACAUUAACGGAACUUUGUACAGCGCGCAGAGAAGAGUGCCCACAAAUUUUAUUGCAUUAAGAAGUAGACUGGUCUUAGUACUUCUGAUUUAUCAUAGACUUGAGUCUGGGUCAGGUGCCACUUUUGCGAAAUUACCGUUCAGCUCUAGUUAUGCAAAUUACUUUUCCUGCUGAGCAAAUUAGAGGUCAUUUUAAAAAAAUCAUAUCUCACCCAACUUUCCACAGAAUGCAACAAUUCAACCUUGAAACUAUUAAUCAGAGUUAAAACUUUUGUGUGUAAAAUAAUCAGUUUAUUCGGCUAUGUAAAAUAGGUUUGACAGAGCCCUAAAGUUUCACCAAAAUCGCACCACUUCCGACAGCAAACUGGCUAGUUUUAGGUGACCUAGAAAAUCUUCCUCUAAAAUAGAGAAAAGCUUGAGUUGGUCCAAAUAAAUGUGAUAUUUCUUCAUGUGAUAGGAUAGUUAUCUUCCUCUGAAAAAAUCAGGGCAAUCCGUGAUGGACCGAAAUUUGCCUUAUCGGUUCUUACGCGCACAGCCUCUUAAGUUCUUAAGCUCUUAAAAAGGCCUUGAAUAAUUUAAAAUGUAAAUGUAAAUGUAAAUACAUAUAUUAUCCACUCCCUUCAGGGCUUUUCAUGUAUUUGAUGAUAUUUAAACUGGAAUUUUGUUUUCCUUUUAAACUAAACAGCUCCAAAGGUCCGAACAGAAAAACCUACACUUUGGGAACUUUAAAGAAUUUCUCAAUCACAUGCUGGAUAUUUCCCAAGUUUUGUCCUUUGUCAACGUCAACGACUACGCCGACUGUGGUUUCCAAUGCCUUUCUAACGAGGCAUGCUUGUCAUUCAAUUAUGCCAUUUUGCCUAACAGCAGCUCCACACUUCACUUCUGCCAAUUGCUAGCUACAGACAAGUACAACUACUCCACUGCCUUCGUACAGAGUGACCACUUUCAUCACUACACUGUUGCGGUAUGA